UUUGUAAUAUUUUAAAUUUAAAUAAUAUUGAACCUUUUAAUUGCUUAUAAGGGAAAAAUCAAUUUUCUGCAUAUUCGUUGGCAGUGUUUUUCCCUUCAAUUUCGAUUUUUAAAAAGUUAUUGUAAUUGUAAUGAGCUUUGGUGGAAAUUGCUUUGUGGUUUUACCACUCCAUUGUGCCAACAAUACCGUCGUGUUUGGACGCAAUUCUGAAGAUGAGACUCUGGUGGGUGUGGCUCAAGAAAUAGUUUACUAUGACGCUGCUGAGUCAUUAAUGGGAAAAACUCUCGAAUUAAGCGAUGCUUCAAGUUUUAGAAUUUAUUUUACAAAAACCAAAACCCCAUGGUAUUUGGGGAGGCGAUUGUGGCUCUAAUGAACAUAAUGUUAGCGUAGCUAUUACAUGGACUAAUAGCUCUGCAAAUAAUCUAACAGCCUUAGAUAUUGUGCGUAUAACCUUGGCUAGCUGUGAUACGGCUGAUAAUGCCCUCGAGAGAGUAGGACAAUUGAUUACAGAGCACGGCGUUGAAGAUGUAAAAUUCAGUUUAAUUAUCUGUGAUCCCACAAAAGUCUGGCUAGUUAGUUGUGCAGGCAAACUAUGGGCUGCACAAAGUUUAUCGGAAGGCUAUCAUCAUGUGCCUAGAAAUGGUUUGGCCGUAACCACAACCAUCGAAAAAUCUUCCGAAGAUUUGCAAGAAGCCUUAAAAGCCAUGGGAUGCUGGGAUGGAGAAGGAGAAAUAGAUUUUGCGAGCUGUUUUAAUAGCUCUCCUGAUUCUACUGAGGAGUGGAGUGGUCCAGAACCUGUUGGCGAUGGUUCUUACGCGUUGGCUAGCAUGUUUGAAACUUUACGUACGGCAGCACAGGCUACCACUUCGCGUUCGGCAACUGUAUUUGUUUUAUGUAGUGAUUUAAUUUCUUGUCAUUGGUUUACCGGAACGCCCGAUACAAGCGAAUCAGUGUUUAAGCCAUUCUUAUUCGCCACGAAACCAAAAAUAUCGCCUUUGACCAAAGCUUUAGCUGACAACGAGAUGACAUUGUUGCAUAAGUUACACUCACAGCGUAAGGCAGCCUCGUUAAAGCAUUUGAAAGCUUUAGAGACAGCUUGCGUGGAAGAGGUUUCUGCCUAUUUGGCAGAACACCCUGAAGUCAAUGAAGAGCUCGAUGAAUUGAUGAAGGAUUGUGUCGAAGCCGAAGUUAAAUUCUAUCGUUAAAAAUCAAAAUUUUUUUUUUAAAUU